ACCUAAACCGCGUCAGAAUUUGCUCACGUCAUGUAUCUACAAGAAAUGCUUACGCUGGCCGGCCUGGUCCUCCUGCUCGGUGGUCUGCCGCAUCUCACGUCAACAAGCACGACCACCACUCUGGUGGCCGCCAUGUCGAUUGCCAAUCAGGACCUGGAGCGCUACUUUAGAGCAGCCAAUGCCACGCACACCUUCGCCAGCAUGGAGGAGCGGAUUGCCGUGGAUGUCUACAACUACGCCUUCCUCAACUGGUCAUAUGUGGACCACGGCAACACGCUGUGUGAGACGGAUUUCGCCCUGGAGCAGGCUCGCUAUGGCGAGGGCCGGGUGCUGAAUGUAACUGGCCGCUUGAUCCACAUCAGUGCCACCGACAACGUUAGCGAUGACUACGCCUGCACUCCCUAUAUCCGGGGAACUAUGGGCGCCGCCAUGCCCGACAAGGGGGUGGAAUGGAUUGCCCUGGUUAGACGCGGCCGCUGUUCAUUAGAGGAAAAGGUUAAGCAUGUCUAUCAGCAGAACGCCGCCGGUGUCAUUAUCUACAACGACAAGCAGGUGACUCAGCUGGAGAAGAUGCAGAUCAAGGGCAAGACGCGUGAGUUUUGUGGUGAAAGCUCUUGAAUUCGGAAUACAUAUGUUUUCGGACAAGAUCUGGCAAUUACUGUUGAUAGGGGAUACAUUGUGAAUAUAUCGAUAAUCGAGGGACGCCGUGGUGUGCGAACUGUCAGUAGCUUAAACCGAACUUCAGUGUUAUUCGUCUCCAUCUCAUUCAUCGUUCUGAUGAUAAUAUCGCUGGUAUGGCUCAUCUUCUACUAUAUUCAGAGGUUCCGUUACAUGCAGGCGAAGGAUCAGCAAUCGCGCAAUCUGUGCUCUGUUACCAAAAAAGCCAUCAUGAAGAUACCAACGAAGACGGGAAAAAUAAGCGAUGAGAAGGACCUGGACAGCGAUUGCUGUGCCAUAUGCAUUGAGGCCUACAAGCCCACGGACACAAUACGCAUAUUGCCGUGCAAGCACGAAUUCCAUAAGAAUUGCAUCGAUCCGUGGCUCAUCGAGCAUCGAACCUGUCCGAUGUGCAAACUAGAUGUGCUCAAAUUCUAUGGCUAUGUGUUUCUGGGCAGCGAAGAGAGCAUACUGGAAUACCAACCAGAUCGUCCGGAUGGCUCUGGCACGGACCCCAGUCAGGGCCCACCUUCGACACGCCCCACUGCCUUGGCCGACCUCAUUCGCAUUCGGGACUUCGUGAUAGACUUUCCUCGCGUGUUCGUCCUCGAAAGUGGCAGCGUGGUGGGCGCCCGCGAAAUACUUUUCCCCAUCCGACUACCAGAGAGGUCGCAGAGUUCGCUGUCGCUCCGGCAGGCGCGAGACUGGAUGAGCCUGAUGACCAACAAGCUGGAGGAGCAGCAGGGACUGCGACGACUGCGAAAGGAAGAAAUGCAGCAGCAACUUCUGGGCGCCCGGGAAUCGGCCAGCCAUCGUCGCUCCCGCUCCGCGGAUGGUCGCUACUCCACCGGGUGCUUUGGCGGCCGACAGCGCCAGCUUUCAGUCCAGCUUCAGCCGGACAUCCCUCAGAUCCCUCGAUCGAGCUCCACCCAAUCCCUGCAACAGCUGACGGAUGCUUCGUACGCUCAGUCCAGUCAGCGGCAGCGGGAGACCUUCGACUUUGCCAGAACGCGGCGCCGCUUCAUGGGGCGGGAAAGCGAUGAGAUAUCCUUGCGCCCAUUACCCAGGCGAGGGGGUAUGGUAGGCACUGGGGGAACAGCUCCUGCCCAGGCCAAUCGUGAGAGGGAGGUCAGCGGAAACGGAAACGGAGACUACAUCACCAUUCAGGUGAAUGGGGAAGGCGUCGAUUUCAAUGAAUGAACUGUUUGCCUAGCCCCUAGGCCCAAUUGUAUUCCUCAACAUAU